UUAGGUGCUACGCGGCCGCGGGAUUGCGGCCUCCCCGGUCACCCUCCGUUCUGAGCAGGGCAGCGCCCCACCCGCUGGCUGCCGCCCACCCCGCACCCCUGAGAGGGGCUGGGCCGGCUCCCGCCGCCGUUACCGUGCGCCGCUGCUGAGCGCGAGGCCGCCGCCGAGCCCGCCCGCCCGCGUUUCGCGGCCGUUCCCUCCGAGUUGCGCGCUCCCCGCGUGCCUCCGGCUGGCCGCGCCGCUGCGAGGGGGCUGGCGGCACCUCAGCGGGCAGCCCUGCGCAGCGGGACAUGCUCAAACCCAGCACGGACCUUGCCUUACCGUGAAGUUUUUUGGCAAGCAGCUUUAGGUAGCAUCUGUGAAGAUAGAAACUGACUUUCUGACCUGAAUUACUAAGCUGUGUCCAGAGCCUUUUUGUGAGGAGCCUUAGCACGAAGAUGAGUACCAUCAACUCACAGGAUGAUGAAGAUACGUUUAAAAUACUCAUUGCUACUGAUAUUCACCUUGGCUAUUUGGAGAAGGAUCCAGUGCGUGGAAAUGAUACGUUUGUAACUUUAAAUGAAAUUCUGGACCACGCUCAAAAAAAUGAAGUGGACUUUGUUUUAUUAGGUGGGGACCUUUUUCAUGACAACAAACCGUCCAGGAAAACAGUACAUGCUUGUGUGGAGUCACUAAGAAAAUAUUGCAUGGGCGAUCGUCCUGUUCAGUUUGAAAUUUUGAGUGAUCAGGCAGUUAAUUUUCAUUAUAGCAAGUUUCCAUGGGUGAAUUAUCAGGAUAGAAAUCUCAACAUUUCUAUUCCAAUUUUUAGUAUUCAUGGCAAUCAUGAUGAUCCCACAGGGGCAGAUGCACUGUGUGCAUUGGAUAUUUUAAGCUGUGCAGGAUUGUUGAAUCACUUUGGACGUUCAACUUCUGUGGAGAAAAUAGAUAUUAGUCCUAUUUUAUUGCGUAAGGGUAGAACAAAAAUUGCUCUGUAUGGUUUGGGAGCUAUUCCAGAUGAGAGGUUGUAUCGUAUGUUUGUCAAUAAACAAGUAACCAUGCUAAGACCAAGGGAGGAUGAAGAUAGUUGGUUUAACUUGUUUGUGAUUCAUCAAAAUAGGAGCAAACAUGGAGCUACAAACUACAUUCCAGAGCAGUUUUUAGAUGAUUUUAUAAAUCUUGUUGUGUGGGGUCAUGAACAUGAGUGCAAAAUAGCUCCAUCCCAAAAUGAACAGCAAAAUUUCUAUGUUUCUCAGCCAGGAAGUUCAGUGGUAACAUCUCUGUCCCCUGGAGAAGCUGUGAAGAAACACAUUGGUUUGCUGCAUGUUAAAGGGAAAAAAAUGAAAAUGCAGAAGAUUGCUCUAGAGACAGUGCGAACUUUCCAUAUGGAGGAUGUUGUUCUAGCUGAUCAUCCAGAUCUUUUUAAUCCUGACAAUCCUAAAGUAACUCAGGCAAUACAAGCAUUCUGCAUGGAAAAGGUUGAAUCGAUGCUGGACAAUGCAGAAAGAGAACGCUUGGGAAAUCCACGCCAGCCAGAGAAGCCUCUCAUAAGAUUACGAGUUGAUUAUGCAGGUGGCUUUGAACCAUUCAGUGUCCAUCGUUUUAGCCAGAAGUACAUGGAUAGGGUGGCUAACCCAAAAGACAUCAUAUACUUUUUCAGGCAUCGUGAACAAAAGGAGAAAAAUGACAACGAUCUUAAUUUUGGAAAACUGGUUACCAGACCUGCUCCCGAGGGGAUGACACUGAGGGUGGAAGACCUUGUAAAGCAAUAUUUUCAGACAGCAGAGAAGAAAGUACAGCUUUCACUUCUAACUGAAAGAGGAAUGGGAGAAGCAGUGCAGGAAUUUGUGGACAAAGAGGAGAAAGAUGCCAUAGAAGAAUUGGUGAAAUUUCAACUAGAAAAAACACAGAGGUUUCUUAAGGAGCGUCGCACCGAUGCAGAGGAAGAAAAAAUAGAUGAGGAGGUGCGAAAAUUCAGGGAAAGUAGAAAAAAGAACACCGAAGAAGAGGAUGAGGAAGUUCGUGAGGCAAUGACCAGAGCUAGAGCCCACAGAUCUGAGGAUGCAGUUCUUAUUGCAGCCUCCAGUGAUGAAGAACUCAUGGAUAUGGGGAUGAAAGGCACUGGUGAUUCAGAUGAUGGCCUUCCUGCAACACUGAGCAGAGGAAGGGGUUACACGAGAGGUAGGGGAAGAGGUACAAGAGGACAAAAUUCAACAGCAAGAGGUUCAUCUCGAAGGGGAAGAGGAAGCACUAGCCAAGAGUCAGCUACUAGCAGCAAAACCUACAAACCUGUAUCUGUGCCUGCCAAGAAUAUGUCUAUCGUGGAUGCCUUUAGGUCUUUGAAACCAGAGACCUCCUUGAAUUCAUCUAAAUCAUACUCUGAGGAUAUUAUAGAUGAUUCUGAUCUAGAAGAUACUUCUUUUGUUCCUUCUUCCAGAGUAAAUCAGAGGUUGUCAACUACAUCUUCACUUAGUAAAAGAGGUUCACAAAGCCAAACAUCUAGAGGAGUGGAUUUUGAGUCAGAUGAGGAUGAAUUUGAUCCUUUCAAAAGCACUGCAACAUCAAGAAGAACAAAGUGAUUUCUGGCUCACUAUACAAGAGAAACCAUGAAAGUUAGUGAAGAAAAUGGAAAGCAGUUUGCAAGGCAUUCUCUGUAUGACUUUUCUCUGUAAAUGAUGGCUUGCCUUCAAUUUUCACUUUUCUGAAAUGUUUUCGGUUUGGGGUUUUUUUAAGUGGCACCAAACUUGGUAUAAUUUGGGUGUCAUGUUGCUUGAUGCAUUAGACUAGAGCGUCUAAUAUUCUGAAGUACUACCUGAAACUGCAAGUUCUUUCCAAAACUUCUAAAAGCCUGUUUUCUUUCUGGGAUGAUAAGAUAGAUAAGUCAGAUCUUUUCUAUAAAACUCCAUCUCCUGGGCUUGAAUUUUGUAAAGGAGUAAAUUUAUAGUAGUAUGCAAGUAUGGAUAUGGACAUGGACUCCAUCAGUGUCAUGAAACUUGUACUUAUUUUCAAUUUUCUACGGAUACAGUUGAAAAAUCUGAAGAGUAAUAGUUUGACCCAAAAAUACAGUUUUCAGUAUUGAAGCUGGAAGAUGUUCUAAUACCUUCAACUCUACUAGGAGAACUAAACCCACUAUUCCACUGUUAUUAAAUGUCAUAGUAUACAGGAAUGAAUUCUGCUCUGUAAUUCAAGAAGUGCCAAAGACUUCAGAUUGAAUUGCAUUGUCAACUUUUACCCUGUAAAUAAGAUGUAAGGGCUAGGACCUUACAGCUUCACAAGGAAUGCUGCUUGAAGAAUAAAGCGGUUGAGCCAGUAA